UGGAGCACGUCCGAUGACGAGGUAUUGUUGCAAGCGCGCGCUUCUGGCCUGCACUGGGGUCCGAUCGCUCAGCACAACUUCCCAAGCAAGACGGCAAAUGCUUGCCGGAAGCGGUACGAGCGGUUGAUGGAGCGACGUCAGGCCGAAGACUGGGAUGCACAGAAGCUUGAGUUACUCGCUCAACAGUACAUGCUCAUCCGGAAAGAGAUGUGGGAGACCCUCGCCAACCGGGUAGGCGAGAAAUGGACGGUAGUGGAAGCCAAGUGCAUGGAGAAGGGACUCAAGAGCUUACAGUCCACGGCGCGAACAGCUCAGCGUCGA